AUGGCCAAAGUGGUCUGUUCCAUCAACGUGCGAGCCACUUGCUCUCUUGAAAAGGCCUCUUUAUACAACUUUACAGUUAGAGUGGAGGCAAGGAAGCAAUAUCACAGCAAGAAAAACAAGCAUCAGAAGCAAAAGGGUGUUGACAAUGGCAAUGGUUCAGGUCCUGCACCACCUCCAUUUCCUGAUUACAAUCAAACCCAGUCCACCAUUUUUAAUAUCUUGUCUUUUGGAGCAAAGGGCAAUGGAGUUUCUGAUGAUUCCAAGGCACUUCAAGCAGCAUGGGAAGCUGCAUGCGAGAUUACUGGAGCUACAUUAGAAAUACCAUCACAGUACAAGUUUCUCAUCAAACCCAUAACUCUAAAAGGCCCUUGUAUGCCUCAGCUCGUUCUUCAGGUUGAUGGAGCUGUAUUGGCGCCUACCAAAGUGAGUUCGUGGCCUAAAUCCAGCUUGUUUCAAUGGCUGAAUUUUAAAUGGCUUCAUAACUUCACCAUUCAAGGCUCUGGCACUGUGGAUGGCAUGGGCUUUAAUUGGUGGGCUCGCUCCAGAUUCGACAAUAACAAGAAGAAAAUGAAGAACACUCCAGAUAUGAAGCCUACUGCAUUAAGAUUUUAUUCCAGUUUCAAUGUGACAGUUCGUGAUAUCACCAUAAUAAACAGUCCACAGUGCCAUCUGAAGUUUGACAACUCCGGUACGGUCCAAGUUGACAAUAUCACCAUUUCUUCGCCGGAGAACAGCCCCAACACCGACGGCAUUCACCUGCAGAACACACAAGAUGUCGAGAUUCAACACUCCAACAUUAGCUGUGGAGAUGACUGUGUUUCCAUUCAGACUGGCUGCUCCAACAUCCACAUUCAUCAUAUCAAUUGUGGCCCUGGACAUGGCAUAAGCUUGGGCGGACUUGGGAAAGAUAGAACAGCUGCAUGUGUCUCCAAUAUUGUUGUCGAAAACAUCUCAAUUCAAAACACUCUUUCAGGAGUGAGAAUCAAGACCUGGCAGGGAGGAGUUGGGUCAGUGAAGAACGUAUCAUUCUCCAAAAUCCAAGUUUCUGACGUAAAGGUACCCAUUAUGAUAGACCAAUACUACUGCGACAAGUACAGAUGCAAUAACCAAACAGGAGCCGUUGCAAUAUCAGGCAUAACAUACAAUCAAAUCAUAGGAAGUUACACGGUGCAGCCUAUUCACUUAGCCUGCAGCACCCAAAUCCCUUGCAUAGACGUUGAUCUCAUAGACAUCCAGCUCAACCCAUCUUCACAAUCCACAGCCUUUCAAAGCUCCCUAUGUUGGAAUUCUUACGGUAAAUCUCAGGCCCCUCUCCUUCCUUCUAGCAUAGACUACUGCUUGAGAAGCGGCGGUGGCGGUGGCGCUGUUAGGAGAAUUGCAAGGUCCCAUGAUUAUGAUUAUGUCUGCUACUAAUGCACAAACCUCUCCACUUUCUCUCUGUUUCUGUUUUUCCUCUUCUCCGGCUUCCCUUCUGCAGAUUUAGUUUUGGAAAAUGUAGAGAGGUGAUGAUUGUAAGAGCAUUUAUGGUUGUGGGCUUUGGCGUUGAUAUCAUUUCUGAGUCUAUGAGUGUCUCGUUUCCCGAUUAGUACACACACAGUGGCCCAAAUUUCGUCCACCCAUUUGCCAAAAACGUUACUUUUUUACUUUAUUGAGAAGGUUUUGGAA